AUGCGCCUGCACAUAGCUAUACUACUGCUUACCCUGCACUAUCUGGCAGAAGCAUGUGAGCCUGAACAGGCGCAGAACGGCUGCAAGAUAUAUGGAGCGGCCUGUACGUGUGGAUACGGGUGUAAGACCGAGUAUAUCUACAGAACCAGGAGAUCAUGCUUGAAUGCUCUGAGAGAGCGCAGCUCAAAUGUUUGCUCCAGGAUGCCUUGUAUGAGAGGCAUCUGUAUACAGACGGUUCAAGAUCCAGGAUUCACGUGCAAGUGCGAGGGGACCGGAUAUUACGGACAGCGAUGUGAAAAAGCUUGUCCGACGGCUGCAUGGCGUGGACUGGUGUUCCCUCACGAAUGCAUUACCGAUAAUACGGAGACAAUGGCGUGGACAGGAUACCAGAAGUUUCUAGCACUAGUCAUGGUAGUUACUGGGUCUAUUAACACCUUGAGUACCAAGUGGGCAGAUAAUCUUGAUUCAAAAGGUUCCGAUGGGAUAGUACGCACAUUUCAACAUCCAUUCUUACAGGCUUUGUUUAUGUUUUUCGGUGAAAUGAUGUGUCUUUGGACUUUCAAAAUAGUUUAUUGGUGGAAUAGAAGGAGUGGUACAGAAAGCCAAUUGACUCAAGGCAGCCAGGACUUUAACCCAUUCAUAUUAAUGCCCGCGGCUAUGUUUGAUUUGAUUGGUACAUCAAUCAUAUACAUCGGUCUGACCCUCACAUACGCCAGCAGUUUCCAGAUGUUCCGUGGUUCAAUCAUUGUGUUCGUAGCUCUCUUCUCAACGAUAUUACUCGAUAGAGUUAUUAAAAGACGAGAAUGGAUUGGAAUAUCUCAAUUAAUCUUGGGUCUGGUAAUAAUUGGUGCUACCGAUGCUAUCUAUCAAUCUCCCGAUGACUCUAAAGGUAGAAACAGCAUGAUAACGGGUGACUUAUUGAUAAUUCUGGCCCAGAUUAUACUCGCUUGCCAAAUGGUUUACGAGGAGAAAUUUGUAUCUGGUCUCAAUAUACCUCCAUUACAAGCUGUCGGUUGGGAAGGUGUUUUUGGAUUUUCAAUGCUAUCGUUUCUAUUGGUGAUAUUCUACUUCAUACCAGCCCCACCACACUUUGACAACAACGCUAGGCAUACCGUCGAGGAUUUCAUUGAUGGGUUGGUGCAAAUAGGUAACAACUCACUUCUACUGCUAGCUAUAAUGGGAACUGUAGUUUCCAUAGCGUUCUACAACUUUGCUGGGAUCAGCGUAACAAAGGAAAUGUCUGCUACCACAAGAAUGGUUCUGGAUUCUGUGAGGACCCUAGUCAUCUGGAUGGUAUCACUCGGAGUGAAGUGGCAGGUUUUCCAUUGGCAGCACUUGAUAGGUUUUGCUAUACUAAUCUUUGGUAUGGCCAUCUAUUACGACAUAAUACCAAUGAAGAGAAGACACUCUGACGAUGAAACUCCUGUAGUUAACUCGGAAGCCGAUAGACUUGAAGAGGCUUAG